GGCGGUGCGCGCCCCGCGGGGAGCGCGGCGAGGCGGCCGCACACGGGGCGGAGGAGGCGAUGCGGGCCGCCUGGGUGCUGCUGCCGGCGCUGGCCGCCCUGUCCGCCUACUACGUGUACCUGCCGCUGCCCGGCGCCGUGUCCGACCCCUGGAAGCUGAUGCUGCUGGAUGCCACCUUCCGGGCGGUGCAGCAGACGUGUCACCUGAUUCACUAUCUGAGACUCAGCCAUCACUUGAUAGUUCUGAAUUAUUUGAUUUGCACCUUUGACAAGCUGAAGUCUGUCUCCUCUGAAGACAUUAAAAUCACGGAUGCUGUUUUUGAUGGCGUGGAAGUGAGAGUGUUUGAACCUCCAGCCAAGGGAGAUGAAAGCCUCAAGCGCAGCGUUGUUUACAUCCACGGAGGGGGCUGGGCCUUGGCAAGUGCAAGAACAAGCCUUUACAACAAUCUCUGCAGAAUCAUGGCUGACUCUCUGAACGCUGUUGUUGUCUCUGUUGAAUACAGGCUGGUGCCUGAGGUGUGCUUCCCUGAGCAGUACCACGAUGCUCUUCGUGCAACAAAGCAUUUCCUGCAGCCUGAUGUCUUAGCUGAGUAUUCAGUGGACCCCAGUCGAAUUGCAAUCUCUGGGGACAGUGCAGGAGGGAAUUUGGCAGCUGCUGUGUGCCAACAGCUUAGCAAAGAUGAGGAUUUGCCUGUCAGACCGAAACUGCAGGCCUUGAUUUAUCCAGUCCUCCAGGCCUUUGACUUCAACACGCCUUCCUACCAGCAGAACAUGAACAUGCCCGUGCUUCCUCGCUACGUCAUGAUCAACUACUGGAUCGAUUACAUCAACGGCAACUACGACCUGGCCCACGAGCUGCUCAUCAACAACCACACCGCGCUCAACGUGGGCCAGGCCCUGUCCUUCCGCGCGCGCCUCAACUGGACGUCCCUGCUGCCUCCCUCCUUCAAGAAGAACUACAAGCCCGUGGUGCAGACCACGGGCACGGCGGCCAUCGUGGAGCGGCUGCCGGCGCUGCUGGACGUGCGGGCGGUGCCGCUGCUGGCGGACGACGCGACGCUGGCGCGGCAGCCGCCCACCUACAUGCUGACCUGCGAGAACGACGUGCUGCGCGACGACGGCGCCAUGUACGCCGCGCGCCUGGAGCGCGCCGGCGUGCCCGUCACCCUUGACCACUUCCACGACUGCUUCCACGGCUGCAUGAUCUUCACUGUGUGGCCCACGGAUUUCUCGGCCGGCGUGCAGACCAGGAACAGCUACAUCAAGUGGCUGGAUGAGAACCUGUGAAGGGAGGGCCCCCGGGCCGGAAGGCGCAGGGUGGGUGCGUGGCUGCGGUGUCUGUUCUGGCGGAGGAGCAAACAAUCAAAAAGUGCACUUUUCUGAAUUUUGACUUCACUGUUCGGCUGCAGACCACUAACUGCAGCAUUUUCUAGCUCCAUUGGCCUUGCCCAGUAAAGAAUUUUGAGGAGUACUUUUUUUUCAAACCCGUCUUUUUUCCACUUUCUCCCAGAUGACUACUGCCAAACAUAAACACCUGUUGAGCAGGGAGAUCAGGAUUCCUGCAGGAUUCCUACCUGGCUGCAACUUUCAAGCUUUGACUCUUAAUUAAGAACAAAGGCCCUGGCUUUGAAGUGAUGUGAGAUAAAUCCUAACAUCUACAUCUACUUCUGAAUAUGUAAAAACCGUGAGCUAGUUUACAGCAGUGUUAAGCAUCUGAUGUCACAGUGAGAACCUUGGACAGCAGGGCCAUGAAUUUGAAUGACAAGCAAGGAUUUAGGUGUUGGCUUUUUGCCAUAGACAAACAGCUUAUUUAAAUUUUUUAAAAUAUUUUUUGAAAAAGCUCUUCUAGGCAGUUAAAAUUAUGCUAGAUGAGUCUCUUAGCCAAACCUGUAAUUCAGCUUUGGAAUUUGGUCUGUACCACCUUUUAAUAAAUAAAUUUUUAGAAGGUACAGGACUAAAUAUAUUUUCAAUAAAAAGUAUGAUAGCAUACACACAAAUAGGCAAUAUAAAACACUAUGUGUAGCAGCAGAAUCCAGGUUUCCUGUGUGAGUGACCUUCAAAGCUGACUACUUAUUUGGCUAAAGAAUGUGACUUCACCUGUGUUUAAAGCCUCAGUUACAUGACCUCCUUACCGAAAAUACUGACCUUACUACAAAUAGUCUGCUGUGUGGUUUGCACUAAUGUUUGUAAUUAAUAGUAGAAGUUUUGUUCAUUGACUUUUCUUUUGUGUUUGUAGUUUUUAUUGUAUUUCCUGCUUCGUGAAAGGAGGAAAGCAAGUGAAUACAAGUAGGCUCCAGUCUAUAUAGAAGAUUUAAUUCUGAGCUUUGCAGCUGAGCUUUGUCUGUCUUGUAGACUGCUCUAGGUAAGACGAUCUCGCUACUGGGCAGCAAAUCUGUGCAGUUUGAGCCAGUCUGUAAAGUUCAGACAGGCAGGACAGGGGAGAGAAACCACUUUGUGACUGUAUUGUCCAGGCUGCUCACAGCUUGCAGAGAUGAAGGUGGUGUCAAAAGCCCAUAGGCAGAGGAGAGAGUGGGAGAUGAAAUUCAUCCUCAGCUUUACCACAGACUUCCUGUGGGUCCCCAGGAGAAAAACAUCAUCACCUUGCACCCCACGUCAAGGGAGGCAGUGAUUUCCUACCUCACAACAGAGCUGUGAAGCUGAAUUCUCAGGCGUGGGCGAAGCACACGGAUGGGAAUGUGACUGCAGGCACUCAGCAGCUCCCAUGGCUUUUGACUUUCCAUCCUUCUCCAAGAGCUGGCUCAGAGCCUGUCCCACAUCAGGGAUGCUGCUGGGCUUGGGUCCUACUGAGCAGUUUGCUCCCCUCUGUCCUGGUUCAGGAACCCUAAGGUGAGGCUUCUUAACCCUUGGAGAUCAUGACAAAGGCUAUUUCAUUAAAGCAUUCCUUAUAGCAGGAUUCUGAAAAGUUCUUCAGAAAACCCCAUCAGGUUCUGGUAGAUCAAACUGCCUUCUGACAUUUAAAAUACAUACAGAGCAGUCCCCUUUGACUGGGAUUUAAAUUAAGUAGAAGAAUGGCUUUGCUGAAUCACUGCUUCCUGGAAACACCAGGUUGUUAAUGUGGUUGUGUGUAUUAAAAAAACCAUUAAUGAGACAAGGCCUGGAUGUCAGCUCAGUCAUGCAGGCCAAAACUCAUUCCCAGCAUAGUUCACACGGAGAUCACAAGGCAAAGCUUUUUCAACAGUGGCCCAGAUUCUUCUUCCAUUUAGCAUUUACAAAGACUUGGUGGAAUUAGAGCAACCAAGUGACAAUCUGAAUCAGAAUAAAUUUUGAUCAAGAAACCAAAUUAACACCGCAGAGGAAUUAAAACGUUUUAUCUGGAUUUAAGCUUUCCUCCUUUUCCCCAUAAAUAAAACUUCAUAGAUUGUAUGCUUUGAACAGACAGCAACCAAAGUUAUAUCUAGUCAAAAAACAAGUUACUAAUCUUCCCCAGAGUCCUUUCCCUUUAUAUUUACCUGAUCUUAACCUAUUACUAAAAUAGUAAAAAAAAAAUCACUGCACUGAGUUAUAACAAUAGGCUUCUUCUUGUAU